AUGAGUGACAACAACGGAAAAUCUCGUCUCGUAUCAUAUGAACAAGUGAAAUCUAUCAUAGACUUCAUGGCACAGCAUGUGGAGUUUGCAUCAGGUAACCUUAGAUCUCUUGAAGCCAGACACACAUCCAAAAGGCUAUGGGAAGAGCUGGCUAAAAUACUGAACUCGUGCCGAGGAGGCACUAAGAAGACUACAGAUGGAUGGAGUAAGUAUUGGAGUGACUUCAAAAAUAAGUUAAAGAAUAAGAUUUGGUUGCUGAAGAGGAAGAAAGCUGGAAAUUCCCUCAAGGGUGUUAGGCCACUGACCAAAAUGGAGAAGCGAGUUCUGGCCAUAUUGGGACCUUACUAUGAGAAGAGAAAGUCCAGAGAUGCUGACUCGCAUUCUUCUUUUCAGAACAAUAUGCAUCCAAAAGUCAAAUUGGAAAGCUUUCAGGAGACAGUACAUAUGAAUAGUUUUAGUAAAACAAAUAAUGCAGCCCGCAGGCUCUCAGGCGGUGAAGAUGAUAGUGAUUACAGUGCUGAAUCCUUUGAAGGUGAAUACACAAAUGACAAUGACUCAAAUGCACCUGCGUUGCAGAAUAUCUAUCCAAAGUGGUUGAUAGAAGUAGAGAAAAAGCGUGCGGAUGCAGAGUUAAUACGAGCAAAGGCAGAAGAGCAGCGUGCUGUGGUUGCUGCAAAGACUGCUGAAGCUUCACUGCUGCAGGCUGAAGCACUGAGAAGACUGGCAGAUGCUGCCACUACACAGGCAGAGGCUAUCACGAGGAUAGCUGGUGUACUGGAGUCUAGGGCACAGAGGAACAGUAUGCUGGAUUUGUAA